AUGGUGCUCACCCCGGGCGUCACCACAUAUGCCAUGUGGUCUGUGGUCGAGGGGCUGUUUCACGACAACAAGCCGUCACGUGCCCUCACCCUAGAAGCAAAUUUUCACAACACGGUGCAAGGCGACAUGUCCGUGCUCGUCUACUCUCAACGCCUCAAGUCUUUGGCGGACGCACUUAGUGACGUUGGGCAAGUUGUCUCCCCUGACACGCUCGUCAUCACGCUGCUCCAUGGCCGAUCUUUGGGUAUGUGCACCAACAUCGGCCGUAGCCUCAUCACUCCCACCGGUGGCAAGGCUACCACACCCUCCUCCGGCUCCAGCGUGGGGGGCUCCUCCUCCGGCAACUCCUCCUGGCGCCACAAGAAUAACAAGUUCAAGGGCAAAUCUCCUGGUAGUUCCAGUAACUCUGCCAACAACACCAACGUGUUGUUCGGCCGUAGCUUCCCUUGCUACAACCCCUGGACCGACACAUUCCAGCUUUGGCUCGUGCCAGUCGGUGCCACCCAAACUCCAACUGGAGGCCUCGGCACUUUUGGUCAUGCACCGUUACAGGCCCUCCUCGCGUAA